AUGCGUUGGCAGAUCCCUAUCCUGAGAGUCGUACUCUUCUGCUUAUCUGCACGAGAUGCCGUGGGACUAGUUAUAACCGCCGUACCCCUCGGCAAAGAUGCAGCUGACAUCCCCAGCCUAAGAUUAUGUAAACCAAGAACAGAUGGCUGGGUUAUGGGCGCAAUCUUAAAUAAAAGCUACAACCACGGCCUAACCCUCGUGGAUCCUAAGGAUAGACCCUGCCCGGAUGGUAUCCCUGGGUGGCACUGGGAGCUCUCGCCGAAGAUGGAGACUCCCACGGGUGAAACUUUGAUACAACUUACUGGUGGGGCGGAGGAUUCGGGUAUCGGUGGUAUUACAAAUACCCUUGAUCCUGAAAACAGAUUACAAUUUGGACGUUUGGAGCCUGGAGAGAUUUUUCGGACGGAGUUUCGCGUUAAGCGCGAUGGCGUUUACCAAAAAAUUAAUAAGAAUGCGCCAGAUGAUUUUAUCCAAGUCGGAGACACCCUGGAGUUCUAUGGUCCUUCGGACGCUGAACACCGAAACCUUUUUCUCAAAAAGGGUUUCCCAACAGGGAUAGGAGACGGAUUGUAUGAGCUCGUCCGAGAACCCUCAUUAGUACUAACCCACGGCAAACAACCACUAGCCGAGCUGCGCGUGGAAAGCUUAGGAUUCACUGAGAUCGAUGAACCAGACGUAGAAAAAGUGACAGAACCGGAUGCUCCAAAGUCCCGAUAUAACUGUGGCCGUCUUGCGAGAUACUGCAGGGCUGCUGCCAGCGUCUUUGGGCGAAUGCUAGGAGCACAGCUAGAACAAAAACCGACUAUUGAAAUUCCACCGCUUAAUAUGGAUGACGAGCCGGUGGGUGGUUGGACCGAUCCUUUCUCUUCGCAUAGAAGACUACAGCCUGAAUACCAACCAGAAUCAAGAGAUGACUCUAUUCUCAACCAAGGUGAAGACGAUAACGACUUCACCAGAAAUGGACUUUUUGAGCCUCGUGCCCGAAUAUCUCAGCUUAAAAGACCCAGCAUCUUCAGGCCGGCAAGACUGCAUAUUCAACCGCCGAAUAUGGAGGACAUUCUCCAUCAAAUCGAUAGAGAUCCACACGAGGAGUUUAGAAGCUUUUAUACCCUCGCCGGCAAUGACGUUGCAGGAGAAACUGCCCCUGCAAAUGAUAUUAGCGGCGACUGGCCCGAAGAAGAUAUCCCUAACGAGUUACUGGCACCGCCGCUUGAUAUUUUUACCCCCGGAAGUUUCGAUCAACUUCCCGUGACACCAGAUUUUAGGACCCAAGAGCUUGCAGUGGAUAUAGAUGAGGAUGAAGAUGAGCAAAUUGGUCCUCAGGGACAGGGGGGAGACGAAGAUGCUGAGCUGAUGGUCGUCCCAGAGCCCCAGGUAGAUCUAAGCCCCGCCGUCGGUUUACGACCAAUUCCGCUCAUGACUCCGAUAGCAAUUGAAACCAUAAGUAAAUCUCAACGAAAUUUAGCAGAUAGGCAGUACAAUGUCUACGCGGAAUGUGUGCAGAAUUUGUUGACAUUAAGGAACGGCAUCAGCGAUGAUGAGGUCCAAUCCCUGGUCGACCGUGGUUGGGGCCAUUACUCGAUUUUGGACUUUUACAAGGCUGCUCUGGAUGGAACACCUCCUCCUACUUGUCCCGACAACCGACAGGACAUUAUUAAAUUAGCGAUAGAUCAAGGCCAUCCUCGGUAUGUAGCUCCUGGGGCCACGGGAGCCAACCCACAGAGUGGCAUUGGUGCUGUUGGUAUGUAA